UUCGAAGUCGUACCCCAUAUUUGGGUGCCUACGUAGGAGGGAACCGAGUACAUGUCCCAGUCAUUUCCAUAAUUCAUCAUAAAUUGUGCAAGGGUGCUAUAGACGCACAAACGACCGCGAGCCACAAAUCAAGCACACAUAUCAAAAAACAAAUGAGCUCUUAUUUUGUAAACUCAUUUUGCGGUCGCUAUCCAAAUGGCCCGGACUACCAGUUGCAUAAUUAUGGAGAUCAUAGUUCCGUGAGCGAACAAUUCAGGGACUCGGCGAGCAUGCACUCCGGCAGGUACGGCUACGGCUACAAUGGCAUGGAUCUCAGCGUCGGCCGUUCGGGUUCCGGCCACUUUGGCUCUGGCGAGCGCGCCCGCAGCUACGCGGCCGGGGCCAGUGCGGCGCCCGCCGAGCCCAGGUACAGUCAGCCGGCCACGUCCACGCACUCGCCUCCGCCCGACCCGCUGCCCUGCUCGGCGGUGGCUCCCUCGCCCGGCAGCGACAGCCACCACGGCGGCAAAAACUCCCUGGGCAACUCCAGCGGCGCCUCGGCCAACGCGGGCAGCACCCACAUCAGCAGCAGAGAAGGGGUUGGCACGGCGUCCGCAGCCGAGGAGGACGCCCCUGCCAGCAGCGAGCAGGCGAGCGCCCAGAGCGAGCCGAGCCCGGCGCCGCCAGCUCAACCUCAGAUCUACCCCUGGAUGCGCAAGCUGCACAUUAGUCACGACAACAUAGGCGGCCCAGAAGGCAAAAGGGCCCGGACGGCCUACACGCGCUACCAGACCCUGGAGCUGGAGAAGGAAUUCCACUUCAACCGCUACCUGACCCGCCGAAGAAGAAUUGAAAUAGCACAUGCUCUUUGCCUCUCCGAGAGACAAAUUAAAAUCUGGUUCCAAAACCGGAGGAUGAAGUGGAAAAAAGAUAACAAGCUGAAAAGCAUGAGCAUGGCCGCAGCGGGAGGGGCCUUCCGCCCCUGAGCCUCUGGGCGGUUAAAGUACUGAGCAGUAUUAGCGGAGCCCUCCCUCCGUAAUGUCAGUACUAAGGUGACUGUCUCAAACUCCCCCUGUGUUCCUUCUGUGAAGAAGCCCUGUUCUCGUUGCCCUAAUUCAUCUUUUAAUCAUGAGCCUGUUUAUUGCCAUUAUAGCGCCUGUAUAAGUA